UUCAUUUCAUAGUAUUCAGUAAUUUCAUUCUUUGUUCUUUUCUUAAGAAAAGAAAAAGAGCUUUCUAUAUCCAUCUGAGUAGUCAUGUUGGGUGUAUUCAGCAGCUCCGUCGUGUCCCCACCGGACGAGCUCGUUGCUGCCGGCAGCCGAACACCGUCGCCGAAAACGACAUCGGCGGCUCUGCUUAAGCGUUUCACUGAGAGCAACGCGUCGACAGUGUCGGUAGAAGUCGGAGAUCAAGUCCGGUUUGCCUAUACCCACCAGAACGAGUCGUCGUUGCAACCGAGAAUGUUUGGUGUAAAAGAUGAAAUAUUCUGCAUGUUUGAGGGAGCUCUUGAUAAUCUGGGUAGCUUAAGGCAACAAUAUGGACUGGCCAAGUCUGCAAAUGAAGUAGUUUUGGUGAUUGAGGCUUACAAAGCUUUACGCGACAGAGCACCUUAUCCUCCUAACCAUGUUGUUGGUCAUCUCAGUGGCGACUUUGCUUUCAUACUUUUCGACAAAUCUACUUCCACCCUAUUUGUUGCAUCUGAUCAAUUUGGUAAGGUGCCACUGUUUUGGGGCAUAACUGCUGAUGGAUAUGUAGUGUUUGCUGAUGAUGCUGAAUUGCUUAAAGGUGCUUGUGGCAAGUCACUUGCUUCUUUCCCUCAAGGAUGUUUCUACUCGACGGCCGUGGGAGGAUUGAUGUGCUAUGAGAAUCCUAAAAACAAGAUUACUGCUGUGCCUGCCAAAGAAGAAGAAAUCUGGGGUGCAACCUUCAAAGUGGAAGGUGCAACAGUUGUAGCAGCCAGAGAGUGAUUUGAGUUGAGAAUGAGAUCACAAUGAGGGGGCAAUGUAAUUAAAUGGCUUGACGAGUGAAGCAAAGUUGUAGAAGUGUAACCUUGUUCAUUUCAUGUAUAAUUUAAUGUUUCAAUCAAUGUAUAGUUUGGCCUUUUCUAUCAAUAAUAAUAAUAAUGGUUGUGGUUC